GGUAGGGCUUUGCACACUCAGCACUUAACCCUCUUCUGUUUGUUCUACGGGGCAGAAGGAGGAAGUCUGAAGGCAGCCCAAGUCUUCAAUAGUUGAAUCUUCCUGCCCCAUAUUCGUCUUCUUUUACUUCCUUCCACGUUUGCCUUGCUAUGAUGGGAGAGAGAAUCCCACCCGGGAGCUAUUUCCAGUAUCCUCCUCCUGGAGUUCCCGCUUCCCCUAUUAGGUCUUCCUCUAUUCCUUCAGAUCGAGAAAGAUAUCUUACUGAACUACUGGCAGAGAGGCAAAAAUUAGGACCAUUUGUGCAAGUCCUGCCACAAUGUACCCGGCUUUUAAAUCAAGAAAUCAGACGAGUGUCAGGCUUCAAUCAAGGUUUUACAGAUCAUGAGCGUCUUGAGCCAGACAGUCCAUUUAGGUCCUUAGGUCAGCAUCCCAAUGGCAGACCAAUGGAUUUGGAGGGAUGGCCGGCUGUACCAGUAGAGGACAAUGGACAUUUCCAAAGAAUGGCAUCUUUUCAAGCACCCCCAGUGGGUUGGCCUCCUUCUCAAGGGAUUCCAACUACCCCUGCAGUGAAAAGAGUCAUCCGACUUGAUGUACCUGUUGACAAAUAUCCAAAUUAUAAUUUUGUUGGCCGAAUUCUGGGACCUCGUGGGAACUCAUUGAAAAGGGUUGAAGCCAUGACUGAAUGUAGGGUUUACAUCAGAGGUUGUGGCUCCGUGAAGGACUCUAUCAAGGAAGAGAAGCUUAAGGAUAAACCUGGAUAUGAGCACCUUAAAGAGCCAUUGCAUGUGUUGGUGGAGGCAGAGUUUCCAGAAGACAUUAUCAAUUCACGAUUGGAACAUGCCGUGGCAAUACUUGAAAAUCUUUUGAAGCCUGUGGAUGAAUCUCUUGAUCACUAUAAGAAGCAGCAAUUAAGGGAGUUAGCUAUGCUGAAUGGUACUUUGAGGGAAGAAAGCCCAAGCAUGAGCCCAAGUAUGAGUCCAAGCAUGUCACCCUUUAACAGUACAGGAAUGAAACGAGCCAAGACAGGAAGAUGACCCUGAUACGUUGACAGUGGUUCAUAUCUAUAUUAAUAGAUAUAUAAUUAUUCUCAAGCUAAGUUAUCUACCUCUGGUCUGUUUAAAAGGCAUCAUGGCCUUUUCACUGAUAUAGCUGACCUGAGUCACCGGGGGGCAGAAUCUUCACAAGCAGCUAGUUGGGAUGCCACGGUUUUGGCACUGAUUUGUUCGACAUGUCUGAUCGGGAUGGGUUAUUUACUUCAUUCAUUCUGUCUAGUAGGCUUUGAAUGAUGUCUAUUCUUUGGUGUGUUGGUGACCCCUGGAACAUUGACUGUCAGUUCACUUGUUAUAGCAGUAACUAGAAUUCAGGUGCUACAGAGUAGCAUUACUCCUAAUGUAAUAGAAGAUUCUUUACACUUGUCAGAACAUUAGAUUACAUGCAUAUGUAUAGAUAUGCGUGGUAUUGAGCCUAAAAUAAAUUGAGUAGAAUGCUCUUGAUUGUAAUGUUGCGUGAACAUUUUGACAACAUUGUUGUUAUUUCAAGUUAGCAAGUGGAUUUGGUGAGUUCUGUA